AGGAAAGAAGGGGCAAAAGGGAGGCCGGAUGAAAGGAGGAAAGGAGGAGGAUGAUAGUCAAGUCAAGAAGGGAGAUGCCACGGGAAAUGACAAGAAGAAGAAGAAGGAAGAAAGGUAGGCUGAAUAUCCAUCCAUUUUAGGAAGCAGUUGUUCUUAUUCAUCAGACACCAGUUCAAGCUCAGAUGAGGAUGAGGAAUCCUUGUCAGAGGGAGAGAUGGCUGUGCUGAUGGAGGAGGUGGAAGAGAAGAAGAAAUUGAUCUCAACAAUCAGGAACAAACCGUGGAGGAUGAAGAGAAGACUCACACACCUCAAAGAAGCUCAAGAUUUUGUGGAUAAAUUUGAAGGCGCUCUUGGCAAAGGAAAAGGCAGGAAGUGGUAUGCCUACAAAGUAAUGAUGACAAAGAAAUGGAUUAAGUUCCAGAGGGACUUUGAAAAUUUCAAAACAGCGUGUAUUCCCUGGGAGAGGAAAAUCAAAGAAGUGGAAAGUCACUUUGGGUCAUCUGUAGCUUCCUACUUCAUCUUCCUACGCUGGAUGUACGGGAUGAACCUCGUUAUGUUCGGUUUCACUUUCGGGCUGGUGGUCAUUCCUGAGGUUCUGAUGGGCCUUCCUUAUGGGUCCAUUCCCAGAAAAACUGUUCCCAGAGCAGAACAGGCUACUGCUCAGGACUACUCUGUCCUCAUGGAUUUCAAUGGAUACUGCAAGUACUCCAUCCUGUUCUACGGCUAUUACAACAGUCAGAGGACCAUUGGCCUGCUGAAGUUUAGGCUCCCUCUCGCCUACCUUAUGGUUGGGAUUGGAACAUUUGGGUACAGCUUGAUGGUUGUGAUCCGCACAAUGGCAAAGAAUGCAGACCUAGGUGGUGGAGAUGGAGAGGACGGGGAGUUCACCUUUGCCUGGAAAAUGUUCACCAGUUGGGAUUAUCUCAUUGGAAAUGCAGAGACUGCAGACAACAAGUAUGCAUCUAUCACCACCAGCUUCAAGGAGUCCAUUGUGGAUGAGCAAGAGAACCAGAAAGAUGAGAACAUUCAUCUGAGGAGGUUCCUCAGGGUCCUGGCUAAUGUCCUCAUUACUUGCAGCCUCGGAGGAAGUGGAUACCUCAUCUACUUUGUUGUAAAGAGGUCUCAAGAUUUUGCCAAUAGAGACGAUCUCAGCUGGUAUGAGAAAAAUGAGUUGGAGAUCAUCAUGUCUCUGCUGGGCCUUUUGUGUCCACCUCUGUUUGAGACGAUUGCUGAGCUGGAGGACUAUCAUCCCCGGAUUGCCCUCAAGUGGCAGCUGGGACGCAUCUUUGCUCUUUUGCUGGGAAACCUCUACACAUUCCUGUUUGCCCUCUUUGAUGAAGUCAACACCAAGCUGGAAGAAGAGCAGUCCAUAAAGAACGCCACCAUAUUGGCCCUGAAGGAAUACUACGCCAACUACACACGCCUGGUCAACGACACAGAAGUCACUCCACCUCCCAUGAACCCAGCUGAUGUCAUCAGAGGACCUUGCUGGGAAACCGCUGUUGGCAUUGAGUUUGUGAAGCUGACUGUAUCGGACAUCCAAGUCACCUACCUGACCAUCCUGAUUGGUGACUUUGCCAGAGCUGUUAUUGUACGCUUUCUCAAUUACUGUUGGUGUUGGGACCUGGAGGCUGGAUUUCCAUCAUAUGGAGAGUUUGAUAUCAGUGGUAAUGUUUUGGGACUUGUCUUCAAUCAAGGCAUGAUCUGGAUGGGAGCAUUUUAUGCUCCCGGUCUGGUUGGCAUCAACGUGCUCCGCCUGCUCACGUCCAUGUACUAUCAGUGUUGGGCUGUGAUGGCAACUAAUGUCCCUCAUGAGAGAGUCUUCAAGGCUUCUAAGUCCAACAACUUCUACAUGGGUCUGCUGCUCCUCAUCCUUUUCCUCAGUUUGUUGCCUGUGGUCUACACCAUCAUGACCCUCCCACCCUCCUUUGAUUGUGGCCCCUUCAGUGGGAAGGCAAAGAUGUUUGAUGUGAUCAUUGAGACGAUCGAUCUAGACCUGCCAGCCUUCAUGGGGACACUUUUUAGUUAUGUAGCCAACCCAGGCCUCAUCAUACCAGCUGUUUUGCUCAUGGUGCUUGCCAUCUACUAUUUGAACUCUGUUUCAGAGGCAUACAAAAACUCCAACUUGGAUCUGAAAAAGAAGAUGCAGAUGGCUCGCGAUGAAGAAAAGAACCGGCGGAACAACACAGACAGCACCAACGAGGUUAUGAAAGACUUGGAGGAUCUGCUGCCAAACCGCUCUCUGGCACCUCCUGCUCCACUACCAGAGCCUGAAAAGACAUCAGAUCCAAAGCCAGUGAAGACUAAACCUGGGGCAGCUGGGAAAGGUGUUCACCUUCAGAGAGAUGUGGCACUUGCAGCAUCCAAUCCCGCCAUUCGAGGGCCAAUAGUCCAACCACCUGCACCAAGAGGGCCGGGAACAAUGUCCGGUCCUGGCCGAGGCCGUGGAAGAGGACCUCCUCCGAGAUGAUGGCAACAUUAUCAUCAUAAUAAACGAUUGCUU